UUUGAGAGCUAAACGCGGCUAAUGGUUUCUAACACGUUGUUCGUCGGUUAAGGCCCGAGAAAAUUGGAAAAUACGAUUGCAGGCUGAAAUUUUGAGAUACCCAUCACGGAUUGGUGGAACUCUUUGCUUCAUGAAGUUUCUGUCCCUCGUGAUUUAACUAAAUGCGUCUACUCUGAAGAGAGAGAGAGAGAGACAAAAAAAAAAAGUUCAUUGAAGAAUUUGUACUCCCAAAGGAAGCGUAUCGAAGACAAGCGAUUUUGGAGAGCACUCGAAGAUGGAAAACGAAGUGGCGGUGGAGAGCAAAGAACCGCUUCAAAAUCCAGUUGAAGGAGCUCCAGAUGAAGCUGCCGUUGCUUCUGUGGAACUUCCAGCUCCACCCGCUUGGAAGAAACUGUUUGUACCCAGGAAGGGAGGUGCACCAAAAAAGAAUGAGAUCGUAUUUGUAGCACCAACUGGUGAGGAGAUCAGUACUAGAAAACAGCUCGAGCAGUACUUAAAAUCGCACCCUGGACAUGUUGCAAUAUCGGAUUUCGAUUGGAGUACUGGUGAGACACCUAGGAGAUCUGCCAGGAUUAGUGAGAAGGCCAAGGCAAMUCCACCACAGGAAGAGCCCUCAAGGAAACGAGCUAGAAGAUCGCCAGGUUCAAAGAAGAAGGAACACAAUGAAAUGGAGAAGGGUGCAGAGGAAACUGAUAUUAAAGAUGCUGAAAUGUCGGAGAAGGUUCAUGCUGAAACUGAGAAAGAAAAGGAAGACUCCAAGGAUGAAGAGCCUAAAAAUGAAGAUGAAACAAAAGAAAAGGAAAUUGAAACUGCCAAGGAUGAAGAGGCCAAGAAGGAAGAUGAAGAAACAAAAGAAACUGAACAGAGAAACACCACAGAGGUGGAAACCUUCCAAAAUAGGAAAGAGGACACUUGCAUUGAAAACGUGCCUAGCGACAAAACAAAAACCAAGAACGGUCAGUUAGAUGCUGAAGAUGGAAAAGAAGCGGAAGAUCAAAGUCAUGGGCAUGUUCAAAUUCGAGAGGUUGCCACAGUUUGCGAAAAUGUGGCAUUGGAGGUUGGUCAAGAGAAAGGGGAAAACAUAUCACAAACUGAAGCUGAAAAGGAUAUUGAUUCCUGCUGUAUGAAACAGGACAAACCAGACGUUGGUAAUAUUAAGGAAAAUGGAACUGGAAUAACACCAGCAUCCGAGGGAGCAAUCACGGAACACGAAGACGCACAAAAGCACGAGGGAAAACACGACGUACAGGCCAAGAACAGAGGGAAUAUAAACGAAAACGAGGUGACUGAAAACGGUAAGUAAACCAAGUCAGAUAUCUCCAAUACCCCCAUCACAACUUGCACAGCCACAUGGACUUGCCACCACCCUUUUGUCAGUUGCUGGCUUUCUCCUUUUGUAACUUUGAAAUUGCUGCAAUGACUGUAAUUUUAAUGUUGUUAAGGCUAGACUUGGCUGCAAAAAGAAAAUUUAACCUAUUCUAAUGGUAGAUAAGAUGUAGUUUUUUCUUCUUCUCUCUCUGUUUUUCGUUUUUUUGGCUGACAUCAGGCAUUUGUAUCAGUUAGAUCAUAAUAAAUGAAGUAGAAGAAGUUUCCCAA